GGAAUGACACUGCAGGAGGGAACGGGCGAGUGGCCUGAGAGAUGCGAGUUCCAGAAGUCGAUACGGCAAAUCCGAUGGGUGUGAAUGGAUGGAGCCCAUAUAAUAAGUGGACCCUCCGUGGCUUACGAAACAUGUGGAUCGUUCAAGACAGUCAGAUUGUCAGCGGGAUUCCUAAUGGGCGAAUGCUGAUUGGCCAACUCGGUUACCGGGCGGCUCCGAGGGCCAAGAUUGCCAUCCCAUCACCGUGUCAUACGUACCGGCUCAGUUUGCUUGCUCGGCUGACUUGACUUCAGUUGAACUUGGCCCGCACCCAACUGUCGAAUUCCCGCCAAGCACAACUGAACCAUCAUCAGAGGAAGAACAAAGCCGAAUUGCCCCGGCUGUUUCCCAACACACAACCUACCUAACCACCAAAAGUCUGGCCUUGUCACAGCCCUAUGAUCCUGACCUCUGCAAUUCCCCUUUCUUCUUCUUCAUCUUCCGCCGCCGUACAUCAUAUCACUUCCACCGCCGCCAUACUAUCGCCGGCUUUCCCGUCUGCGAUUGUACAUCACACAACAAGCACAACAACAACAACAAGACCACUUCUACUCAAGAUGAACGCGCAAAGGAUUCUUUCGAGGAGGACGCUCUCGUCCGCCCUCUGCAACAGCAACCGCACCGUCGCUCACGCCCAGCGCCACCAAUUCAGCACGACGCCCUCACCCGCCGUCACCGCUUUCCAGUCCUACACUCUUCCCUCGCACCCGCCAUCGCCGCCGCGCUCCGGAAAUGACUCCAUGGCUUUCCCCGUCCAGCCGCCCAUGCCGCGCGUACACGAGACAAGACCUCACAAGAUUGCGUCGCCACCGAAGCAGCAGCAGCAGCAGCAGCAACAACUAAACAACUUUGCGCAAACGUCACCAUCUACAUCAUCAAGCCCCUCUCAGCCCACCCCCGUUGCUCCCAAGCAAGAACAAUCCAAGGCCGCCGCCGCCGCAGCACAAGCCUCCUCCGCCCCCACGCAACCAACGCCCUCCAAGCCCGCCCCCCGCGCCUCCCGCCUGCGCGCCCCUCGCAAGGCCGCCAUCAACCUCACGUCCGCGGCUGUCGAGCACCUGCGCGCCAUGCUGGACCAGCCGGAGCCGAAGCUGAUCAAAGUCGGCGUGCGCAACCGGGGGUGCAGCGGGCUGGCGUACCACCUGGAGUACGUGGACAAGGCCGGGGCAUUUGACGAGACGGUGGAGCAAGACGGCGUCAAGGUCUUGAUUGACAGCAAGGCGCUCUUCAGCAUCAUUGGCAGUGAAAUGGACUGGGUGGAGGAUAAGUUGAGUCAGCGGUUUGUUUUCAGGAAUCCUAAUAUUAAGGAGCAAUGCGGUUGUGGAGAGUCAUUCAUGGUAUGAAUAAAGGACAUGAAUGAUAUUAAAUCUCGGUUAAGCUAGGGGUGGGCCGGGCGUGGAAGCCGAAGCGCCUUUCAGCCGGACAGUCAUGCGUGACACGACACGACUUUAGAGAGAGCUACGGGACGGUCUUCACUUCAGUGGCUCCCUUGGCGCAUCGAGAACGAAGGACCGAAGAGUUAUGUAUGGAGCUUUCAGAGUCUUUUUGCGUCAUUUGUUAGCGCUCGCGCGCUUGGGGGGGUUUUCUUUCGGCGAAAGCAUGGGUACUGGCGUUUGGGUAGAGAGCAUUAUUCCCUUUAUUGUUCUUGUUACUUAUUUUUUUUCCAUUCUGGUAAACUCAGAUAUGGACGGCUCUAUCAAGGGCCUCUUUACUUAUCGGUAGUGUUGCUGUAUAAUUUUUCUCUCUUUUCCCUGUUGCACCACCAUUUAUACAAGGGAGAGCAAUGGAGAGGCUUAUCAUCAUACUUGAUAUCUGGCACGCAUAAAUGGUUCAUCCCAUAUUUUGGCUGUCAUGAUUACAUGCAUUCUACUGUGUACCUUUUCCUGCGAUGCCCUCUAAUGACGCAUGCUGUGGUUUUUGAU